AUAUAAUACUUUGUCAUGAAAAGUUUGCAGUGGUAGGCAAACAGUUGCGUCCAAUCCUCUUGUCAUUUUUGUGCCUAAACUUUUGAAAAGCCUCUACCGGUAUUUAUAAAGCAGACUACUGUUGCAGAGUGUUACAUUCAGAGCACCUCAUUAAAUGUGAUCCACCGGUGGUUAUCUGUCCCGUCCUGACUCUGCUGAUAAAAGAGGCCCCCAGUGUGACACAUACAGGAGAUAGUGUAUAGAGUAUUCAUCUUGCAUAAGCACGGUCAGUGUUUAAAAAGAUAAAUAAAAAUGUAAAGUCGAUUCUGGGAAAGUCACCGCCAUCAGUUGUGAGAGGAAACAGAUCUAGCACUCACCGAUUUCAGCCCUUAGUUUAAUUCAAAGUUCAGUUAUCCCUUUACUUUUGAAUUUUAAUAAACUGUUUGGAAAAUUCUUUAAAUUGUGGAAUACUGUGACUUUACAACUGUAAAAUAUAGUGGAAACAAUGGAAAACAUCUGUCAAAUAAUAUAUUAGGUGGAUUUAUAUGUAGUAAAACUAUGAUUUCACAGUCAAAAUGCAGAUUUUUGAUGUGGCUUUUUUGCGUUUUUUGAAAUUCUAACCAGGUACCCUUCAACGCAUUUGUCUCCUCCAUUGCCAGUCCCCAUCCCUGCUUUAAAAAAAUACCUAUUUGGAGCGAAAACUGCAGCAUUUAAAUUAUCUCUAUUUUUGUUGUUUGUUUAGUUGCAAUAGCAAGAAAAUCCUGCAGGUGGUGCUAGAGAAUGCGCUCUGUGGUAAAGGGGCCCCCAAAUUGUUGACUUGUGUGUUUGCUGCAGAGAAGAUAUGAGCUCAUACUUUGUCAAUUACUACGUAUGGACUACAAUAUGAAUAUAUCGAAAUACAAUAUGCUGUAAUGCAUGAAGAUAAUUUUCAGAUGUUGAAAAGCUUGAAGAGAUGCACCGAAAUCCUUUAGUGACACUUUUUUUUUUUACCUCUAUAUUGACAAAACAAUUCCAUCACUUGUAUUGGAGUUUCAGUUAAUGGCUCUUUAUGUGAUUGAGAUCUGUGUGUGUGUGUCUGCAGGCUUAUUAAUGGCAUCCACUGAUGUGAAUGACCCUCCUGCCCCGUCUCAGUCUGCGUCCCUCUCAUAUCUCUUGACUGCAUAUCUUAUUCAGAGCACAUCCCCGCUGCCCCAGGCUGUGUUGACAUUUCGACAGGCCCUUCUUUUUCGGAGAGAACUGUUGGCACACACACUGCUAGAUAACCUUGUCAGCUCCGGGACCUGCUCUCCUCUUUUUUGCCCUUCAAACUGUCUUUUUCUUUCUGCCCCCCUUUUGUCUCUGUCUUCUACUUUCAUGUCAGAUUGUUCCCGUGUUUUUGUGUCAGUUCCUCAGCCUCACCUUUUCUCUCGUCUUUCUUUAUCUGUUUUAUUUACAUUACAGGUUUACUUGCAUCUCUUAUCUCCUUCUUGGACCACCCAUCUGUUUUUUUGUUCUGUGCUCUUGUUUUUCUUGACUUUUCUCCACUCUGUAGUAUCUCAAGUGUUCACCCUUAGUAUCAGGUCGUGCAGCGGAGAAGAUAGUGGUCUUUCUCACUCAUCCACCUCCUCAUGCUGCAAAUAAUACACAUCAGUCUGAACACAGAAGCUGUCUGUGAGAAGUGAAUCAGGGAAUGAAAAACAAUAACCAAGAAGUAGUUUUAUUUGUUUUAGUAAAAAUGCAUAAUAAGUUAAAAUUUGGCAGAUUGCUUUCUAUAGACCAGACAGUGUGAAGGAUUAACUGAACGUUCUGAAAAUAAAAGAUAAAGCUGAGACAUCUUAUCUUAAACAUACUGUCUGUGUAGUUAAGGGGACGUAUGGAUGUUACUAUUUGUGUCGUAUGGUCAAAGCCUUAAAGAACUCACAAGAAGCAGUUUUUUUUUUUUUUUAAAGUCCUAUAUUAAAGUUUUUGUAUGGGUCAAGAUACUGUUUUUAACUCUUAGAUGUCAGUUUGAAAAAGCUGCACACAGGACCUUAAAGACAAAAUCCUCCACCUCAAAACCACUGCCAUAACAAUAUUACAUAUUAAUAUUAUUUUCCACUUUCACUCAGUACAUUGAAUAAACCAACACCAGUCCUUGUAACCAUCAAAUAUUGACCAACUUUUGGAGUUUAGCCCUUACAUGAUGUCACUGUUGUUUUUCUGAGGAAUGCAAACUCCAAAAAUGUGAUAUUUUCCAUACACUAAAUGUUAAUACUGAAUAAAAUGAAUUUGUACAGGGUUGUCACAGUCUAGAAUAUGUCAACAAUUAGCAACAGCAUGGUUUCUGAUACACUGUUGUUCAUUUAAAAAAAAUUUUUUCAAAGUCAAAUAUACUAAGAUACUUAGGACUUUAAAGACGAAAUGUCUGCAUCAAAAAUACUGCCAUAAAAAUACUAUAUAUUAAUUUUAUUUUCCACUUUUGCUGAGUCCAGUUUUUCCCCAUCACCAGUUGUCAUCAUAACUACCAAAUAUUCUUUUUUUUUCUUUUUUAAGGAUUUCAACCCUUUAAAUGCCAGUUUGUUUGCAUAGUACCACUAUUCUUUUUUUAUGAGAAAAAAAUUUUUAAAUGAAUCAAAUAUUUUCCACAUACUAAGUGCUAAGAGGACUUUUUUUUUUCCAAGGUCGUGGAUAUGGAAAUAAAUACCAACAACACUGUAGUGAUCAUAUAUGUAUAUGUAUAUAUGUAUAUGUAUACGAAAAAUGCCUGUGUCAAAAGACUGCUAUAAAUAGAUAAAACAAAUAUAAAAAGAUAUUCAUGCCAUUUGCCGCAAUAGCCAUUUUUUUCAAACUCAAUAACUGAAAUUCGUAAUGCAAACUUUCUGAUAAAAAAUGACAAAAAUGUCUAAAGUUCAAACUGAGAUCACCUCUUUGAUUUUAUUUGAGUGAACUCUUUGUGUAACAGUGACUUGAUGUUGUAAAUUAUCUUUUUAAUAACAAUAAUGAUAAUAAGCUUGGUUACAAUCAGGUUUUCUUUCCUAUUUUACAACAGACAUCAUGCUCAGCCUUUACUUUCUGUCACCUCAAAGAAAACAAUGAAGAACUGGGACGUACUGAAGACUUUCUCCAGACUUCUUGGACCAGAACAAAAUGAUGUUUUCAGAGGUCCAGCAAAAGGCCUGCAGUUUUCUGGAGUCGCCAAAAAUUGUUUGAGAAAACAGCAGCAGCCGCAGCAGCAGCAGAUGUGUUGAGCGACCCAGCUAAUAGCAGUAUCUUCCCAUAGAGGCCACGGCUUGAUGCUGAAAUCCCUACAUUCAUGAGAAGGCAACAGGAAGCCGAUUACUGAGGGAUUAAACGCAUGUACACGUAUGCACAUGCACACACAGAGGAUACAACAGUUCCAGGAUUUGACUGCCAUCCAUCUGUGGAUCUCGCUCUGAAUGAACUUGUCUGACUGACUGAGAUGCUCUCUGGUAUCAUGGAAGAAGAGGAGGAGCCCACAGAGUCUCAUUGAAUUCAAAACACAUGACCCCAACCUCCCUCCUCAUGCCUCACCAUCAAAGGCUUUGACUGCUCGAUGAGAAAUUACACACGUGUAAUAAACAGCAGAGCGUGCAGAAAGAGAGAGGAAGGCAGAGCCUACAAUCCGCCUGCUGCUGUCCCAUGAUGCAUCAACACUUGUAAGAGCAGAAUCAGCCACACAGAGGGCUGUUUCUAUGGAUACCCCUGCCCUGGGUUGUAUUAAUAAGGCUCAGUGAUAUUCUGACUAUCUGCGUAUGAAGAAUACACAGAGAGAGAUUAGAAGUACAUCUUUGCAACAGAAUACAACUUCAAAAAAAACAAAAAAUUGUGCAGGAAAGAAAGACAUCACCAUCAAGUGUCAAGAGGAAGAUGUUGAAGGAAAAAAUGUCCUAUUAUUAACCAUGAACUGUAGAUGAUUUUCCAUCACAUGUUUAAACAUGUGGCUGCAAGAUCACUGACUAAACCAAACGUUAGAUUUCUUUCCACUUGGUUUCAUAUAUUUUGAUCCUUUUUGAUAUUCAGUCCUUUGCUCAGACACUCCUUGUUCUAAAAACAUCAACGAUGAUGAAACAUUUUAAACCUCGUGUCUUCUCAGUUCAGGACAACAUGUGCAAGAGAUGGUUGAUUUGAUAAGAAUUGCGCCACACGGGACCAAAUAAAGAAGUGAAAUGAUGCACAAAGAAACCUAUUCUUACGCCUGAGGCAAAUAUUUUCUAUUCUUGCAAUACUGAGUGUAGCUCAAAAUUCAGCACAGGCCCUUCUUGAUAAAAUAAUCGCAUUUGUGGGCCUGUAGAAUUGCCACCAUUUUCCACAACACUAGAGUUUUGUCAGUAAGAAUAAAAAGACAUCUAAAUGCAGCAGCAACCUAAAGAAAUGUCAGGUCUGUACUCACCAGCAAGAUGUAAUAUUAUGUGCAUAAAACAAUACAAAGAACAUUGUUAAUCUACACAUUAAAUCCAUCAGCCUGUACCAGCCUACCUGGAAUCUGUCUAUCAUCCAUCCCUAAUACCUCGACACUGAGCAGUCAUGGCCAGACAGGACACUCCUCUCUUUCUGCACGGCUUUGACCUCAGCGGUCACUUUGUUGACCCUCGGCCACUCGGCACAGGUGUCACUGGCCUGGUCCUGUCAGCUGUAGACCAGCGAACUGGACAGCGUGUAGCAAUUAAAAAGUUGGUGAUGCGCGAUGCUGUGACGGUGAAACAUGCCCUGCGGGAGGUGAAAAUCACCCGCCGACUGCACCAUGAGAAUGUGGUGCGGGUCCACGAGGUUUUAGCACCAUAUGGACGACCGCUGCCCCGAGACCCAACCCAGCUCAGUGCCCUGUACAUCGUCCAGGAGUGCAUGGAGACGGAUCUGGCUCGGCUGUUAGAGCAAGGACCACUACCCACAGGUCACGCUACUCUGCUGUUUUACCAGCUGCUGAGGGGACUCAAGUUCAUCCACUCAGCCAACGUCCUGCACAGAGACCUGAAGCCUGCCAACAUAUUUAUCAACAUGGACCAACUGCUGCUCAAGAUCGGAGACUUCGGGUUGGCCAGAAUAGUCGACCCUCAUUACUCUCAUAAGGGCUAUCUGUCCGAGGGCUUGGUAACUAAGUGGUACUGCUCCCCCCGCCUGCUCCUCUCCCCCAACAAUUACACCAAGGCCAUAGACAUGUGGGCUGCCGGCUGCAUACUGGCUGAGAUGCUCACUGGACGCAUGCUGUUUGCAGGAGCUCAUGAGCUGGAACAGAUGCAGCUGAUUCUCAACUCAGUGCCCGUGCUGAGAGAGGAGGACAGGCAGGAUCUGCUACAGGUGAUGCCUUCGUAUGUCAGUCAUGGAUGGAGAGUCAAGAAACCCUUUUCUGAACUGCUGCCUGAAGUGGAUGCUCAGGCUGUGGACUUCCUUGAGCGUAUCUUGACCUUUAACCCCAUGGAUCGCCUGACAGCUGAAGCCGCUCUGUCCCACCCCUUCCUGCAGCAGUAUUCCUGUCCAGAGGAUGAGCCCACCUCAUCGCAUCCCUUCCGCAUUGAGGAUGAGCUGGAGGACAACCUCAUCACUGAGCAGAGCCUCAGCAACAGCAACAGUCAGGCCUCCAGCAUCCACUGGGACAGGUAUGAGAACAGUUUGUCAACAGAUAUGUGCUGGCAGCAAUCAAGUGGAAGGUGUCGCUGCAUGCGUCCUGGCCACGUUACCUCUGACCUGGGAGACACUACAGAGGAAGAUGAGGUGCAGAGGGACCCCCGGGCCACUUCCACAUCCCUGCUAGAGGAGGCUCAGGUUGACCCACGCAAAUAUUCCCACAGCAGCUCAGCCGAACGCUUCCUGGAAAACUCUCACUCCUCGCUGGACCGGGUCUGUGGUUUGGGCUACGGGGAGCUGGACUGUGGUCGCUCUUGUGACUAUAAAGUGGGCUCUCCUUCAUAUCUGGAUAAAAUUGCCUGGCGAGAGGGAAAGCCGCAACACUACUCAGAGCCGAAGCUGAUCUUGGAUCUGUCUCACUGGAAGCGUAACACCAACAGCCACCCUGCGCCUGCUGAGCCUAUCGGUGGCAGCAUGGAGGACCUGGGAGAGAUGAAGGAGGAGGAAGCAGAAGAGGAAGAAGAGGAGACAGGGGAUUUAUUCAAGGAAAUCUCUCGCUGGGUGGAGAGCACCCAGUCUCGGCUGCACUCACCCAGUCCCAGUCCUUCCUUGGAGCAACGUUCACCCUCCUACUACACCUCAUCUCCCCCUCUUCCUCUUUCUCCUACUGACCUCCCCACUCCAGUCUUCCACUAUACAGAAGUUGUGAGGCAACCAUCGUCUGAAUACGACGAAGGCAGAUUAAGCCCAUUUCCCCCUAUCACAUCCUCCCCUAACACCCUCCCCUCACUCCUCCCUUCAUCUCCCACAUCUCUAUUUCCUCCUCAGUCGCCUCAAACGGUGUCACCCCCCACCACGCCACACUUGCCUCCACUAGAAUCUCAACCCCUUUCCUCUACUUCUUCUAUUUCUCAGUCAGUAAAUGCUGACUCCAUGGAGUCUCUUCCUGUCAAGCAAAAAGAGCGUCUGUUUGACCUAGAUGUGUUCAUAUCCCGAGCGCUGAAACUGUGCAGGCAGAAUAAAGAGAAAACAAACGGGAGGAAAGGAAAAGAGGCAGGGUGGAUGGAAGAAAGCAAACAGCCAAACAUUAACCGAAAGGUGCCCAGGCUUCCAGAGCACAGGACUCCCCCGCCACAAACUCCCAACUCUUGAUGUUAGAAUUUCAGUUUCAGGUUCACUGCAGUAUAGCGUCAUAAAUGGGUAGCACUUCCAAAUGCUCAUAGUGCUUUACAUAGUGAGGGGUGUCCAUGGUUGACCAUGCUGCUUAAACAUUAGACCUUAGUGUUAGCAGCUUUGUCUUUCUGGUACUACUGCAAUGGCACGCUACUUGCUGUGACAAUUAAAUGACCCUCACUUCAACGAGCAAUCUUGCAGCUUUGUCAUGAGAUGUUCUCAGGCAAUAAGAGGUCAAAAAGCAUUUGGGUUAAAUAUAGAUAACCUGCAUGCUUUGCAUUGCAAAUAUCAAAGAGUUGUCCUGUGUCAGCACAUUUAUCAACAGUCAGUUAUUUCUUGUUUUUGGUAGUUGUUAUUGGACGAGAUUUGGCAGCAAUUUAUUCUGUGACACAAACACAUGCAAAUGACAGAGAGAGAACAGACAGCUCCUGACAUCUAGGCUAAUACUAACAGCCCCUGGAGAGGGCUCAGUUGGUACAUUUUACUUUUGUUUCAAACUUGUUCUGCUACACAAGGUCCUUUAUUGUGUGUCAGUCAGUCAGUCAGUAAAUUUUCAAUAUGUCAGACAGUCUUCCAAAGGUGAUGUUCACCAAACAAUGACAGUGACGCAGGAAAUGCUUUUUCCAAGAAUCUCUGAAUGUAUUAUCUGAAAACUUAUCAGUCAUGUUAUGCUACAUGGAAACUUUUAACGGUUUUAUUUGUUACUGUUUCAACACUCCCACGGUGACUUAGGGAAUUUUGUCGCCACGACAAAAAUUCUGUAAAUUUGUAUUAGAUUGUUGUCAUAUUUAAUUCUAUAGUACAUUUCUCAAGAUUUAUAAUGAUAUUCUCGUUUCUCAAUUAAUCACAUAUUCUUUGUUAAAUUCAAGGGCCCACAUUCAUGUUAAUUUGGAGACGUAUUUCGUUUGAAUGUGGAAUGCUCUAUGGUAGUAAUGUAUGGUUAUUCAGCCAACUUUGCUCUCAUUUUGUCACAAAUACCUUCUUGUCUGCCUAAAGAACCAAACCAGGUCAAUAUACGAUCCUCUCUGUAUGAGAUGGACUCAUAUGUUCUCCAUUACCCUCACCUAACUGUUAGCCAUCGAAAGCUUUAAUGCAAACAAAGGUAGCCUAUAUUUUGGUGAAUGUAGAUCCUUUACAACCUUUAUAGGAAAUGAUUUGUACUCAAAGUUUCUCAGUGCUAAUCACUAAACAUAAUACUAUAUGGAACGAUAAUAAAUAAAACCUAUAUUUUUAAAUGCUUUUCUGUCCAGCAUGCAAGGCAGUAGGCCCUUAUAAUGUUACUAACAAUAUUUUGGCAUUUGAUGUCUUAAGGUAACUGGAGCGGGUAACAGAUUCAGUCAGGUGUACAGUAAGUUAUUAGCAGAUGUCUCAUAGUUUCUCAGUCAAGUGCAUCUGGCAUUCACUGCAAUUUUAGAACUAAAACAGCUAUUAGUGAGCAUAUAGAAAAGGCAUUAAAGAUAUUCUGCCGGGCUAGUGCCAAAAAUUAGACAUUUGAAUUAAUGGUCCUAUUCUGUAGACACAAUCCCACCAUCCCCAGUUAUACUGUUUGAAAACUAAUGCUCUGACGUGAGUUUACCAUAGACUGUAUGCCGACUGUUAGCUGUACGUGUAGGCUAGAGUUUAGGUAUAUGGAGUGUGAGAGGCAAAAUACUGAGAUAUUUAAAAACACACUGCCAGCAACACAACAAAAUAAGAAUGUUUUAUCACCUUUCAGUCCAGCAUCUGAUACCCAUCUGACUAAACAAAAUAGUAAUCAGUUAGAAAUAAAUGUUUCAUGGCUUCUAAAAUUAAUUUGAAUUGUAUCCAUACAAUACAAGCUGAGCACUGCUCAAAGUUAUGUUUUCAAAUGCUUUUGAAGCUCUUAACUGUUGAUGCACAUACAAAGUUGCUGUAAAACUGUUGAUUUGCAUAAUAUCUGCACCUGUAAUACAAUGCUGUAGCCAGCACUCAAAGGUUGUAAGCAGUUCUUCACUUGCACAACAUAGUAUGACUUCCACGAAACCAAGCCAUACAUGAGAAUUGCUGACAGUACAACCACAGCAAAGCCAGGUAUUUUUGUUUAUAAUCACAGUAAAGCACAUGUAAUGUUGCUAGCACAUUUAGAAAUACAGGUUUCUUUAGCUACAAUUGAAACAUAAACCUCCAUUAUGUGCAUUUUUGUCUAUAAUAUACCCUUUUGCUAUGAAACAUGCCUGAGCUGGAUUGCUGGACUAACUGUACUUUAAAAAAACUUUUUUUAAAAAGUGCAAUCUGCCAGUCAUUUUGAUCCAGAGAAGUCCAUUUAUUUACAGAUACUGAUAAUAGCUGUGCUGCAGGUCAACUAAUUUAAAUAAAUUUAGUUUUUAACUUACAGGUCUAAUGAUCACAUUUUGCAGUAUACAAUUUCUUCUGCAGGUAAACUAAGCCAGCAAUAACAUCGGUGACAAGUGACACAAACACACUGUAACACGCGUGGUUGCUGAGCCGUACUUCAUUCUUUUAAGUGUGUAAAGCAAUGUAGAAAAUGUGCCUCAGUACACCUCAAUGCUUCCAGCUUGCUGAAUGUAACAUAUUCCCUCCUCUCUGCAUGGCUAUUCGAAUAGCUUCAAUGUUGUUUUUAUUACAUGUCACUUUGUGAAACAGUCAGAUUUCUGUGGGCUCUUAGUUCUUUUGUACUCAUGCAGCGAGGCCUCAGAUUUCACUUGAGAAAAUCUGCUUAAGUUUUUAAUGCUCAAUCUUGAUUGAUAGUAACUCUUUUUUUGAAUUUCUGUUUUUGCUGAAAAAAUAAUAAAACAAUACUGAAACUCUUA